AUGGCCGGCUUUCUUGGUGGCGGUGGCGGCAGCAGUGGCUGGAGUUCCGGUGGAGGCAGUCGUAGUUGGAGUUCUGGCGGGGGCGGUGGUGGUUGGAGCGGAGGUGGUGGCGGUGGAGGCAUAUCCUUGUGGCCCAGCAAGUCCUCCUACAGUAGCGGUGGGGGUGGUGGCGGCUGGCGCUCAUCUGGCGGUGGUGGUGGCGGUUGGCCAGGCAAGUCAAGUUACAGCAGCGGUUGGUCGAGUGGUGGUGGCGGCGGUCUGGGCGGUGGCUGGAAGUUAAGUAGUCUGGGCGGCUCAAGUGGACUAAGUGGUGGCGGUUGGUCCUAUGGUGGCGGUGGUGGCGGCAGAAGUAGUGGAUCUGGUUGGGCGCAAGCACUCACGGGCUGGAAAUCGAGCUUAGGUGGUGGUGGCGGCGGCGGUGGAUGGAAUUCAGGUGGUGGCGGCGGCGGUUGGAAAUCAGGUGGCGGCAGUAGCGGUUGGUCACUUGGCGGUGGUGGCGGCGGCAGCAGCGGCGGCAUUUGGAAGAUUAGUAGUGGAGGUGGUGGCGGCGGCAGUUAUGGUGGUGGUUGGCCCUCUGGCGGCAGUAGCGGAUGGUCGUCGGGUGGUGGUGGUGGCAGCGGUUGGAAGUGGUGA